AUGGAGAAUUGUAAUCCUGUGAGCACACCAACAGAGUGUGGACUGAAAUUAUCCAAGAAUGACAAAGGAGAGAAGGUCAACUCAACGGAGUUUAGAAGUCUCGUGGGAAGUCUGAGAUAUCUGACUUGUACCAGACCAGAUAUUCUCUACGCAGUUGGAUUAGUCAGCAGAUACAUGGAGGUACCAACAAUGUCACACUGGAAUGCUGCAAAGAGGAUACUGCGCUACAUUAAAGGUACAAUCGAUCAUGGUCUACUUUAUACUAAGUCAGAAAAUUUCAAAUUGGUUGGAUACUGCGAUAGUGAUUGGGCAGGAGACGUGGAUGAUCGUAAGAGCACUACAGGAUUUGUAUUUUUUAUGGGAGAUACAGCUUUCACAUGGAGUUCAAAGAAGCAAGCUAUAGUGACAUUAUCAACUUGUGAAGCUGAGUAUGUUGCUGCGACAUCUUGUGCGUGUCAUGCGAUAUGGCUGAGAAAAUUGCUAAAGGAGUUGAACAUAGCACAAGAAGAGUCGACUGAGAUUUAUGUUGAUAACAAGUCUGCCCUGGCGUUAGCAAAGAAUCCAGUGUUUCAUGAUCGCAGUAAGCAUAUUGAUACAAGAUAUCAUUUCUUGAGAGAAUGCGUGGAGCAGAAAGAAGUGACGAUGAAGUAUGUGAAAACUGAAGACCAGAUUGCAGAUAUAUUCACGAAGGCGCUGAAGCAAGAUGUUUUCGUCAAGAUGAGGACUCUACUCGGAGUUACGGUUAAUUAA